AGAGGGGGAAGAAAAGGAUUUAUUUUUAAUUUUUUUUUUGCCUCUGCCCUUAAUGCCCGCGAUCUGGAUCAAGGAAGGGGAUUUUCUGUCUGAGCAUGAAAAGGACUGCUAGAGCCCCAGGAUUUUCACGCCUGCAUUAUCAGCCCAGCACCCAGUAUGCGAGCUGGACACAGAAGCUCUCCCACAAGUUCCUACCGAGCCGAAUAAAACCCACGGGCGAUCAGAUCUCCGCCAGAGAGGGACAUUAGCAUCAGGACUCCACAGAAUGGAGCAAGAAUGAGAGGAAAAAGGCAGACAGAAAAGCAUGAACUGGAGGCUUGUUGAGUUCCUCUACCUCCUGUUUAUAUGGGACCAUAUACUAGUACAGCCCUCCCACCAGGACCCAGCUGCUACCAACCAACAUGUCUCCAAGGAGUUUGAUUGGCUUAUUUCAGACAGGGGGCCUUUCCACCACUCACGGAGCUACUUAUCCUUUGUGGAAAGACAUCGUCAAGGAUUUACAACCAGAUAUAAAAUAUACAGGGAGUUUGCCCGUUGGAAGGUGAGGAACACAGCCAUCGAGCGGAGGGACCUGCUCCACAAUCCACUGCCCCUGAUGCCUGAGUUUCAGAGGAGCAUCCGCCUCCUGGGCAGGAGACCCACCACGCAGCAGUUCAUCGAUACCAUCAUCAAAAAGUACGGCACCCACAUCCUCAUCUCUGCCACCCUGGGAGGAGAGGAGGCCUUGACCAUGUACAUGGACAAAAGCCGCCUCGACAGAAAGUCAGGAAAUGCUACCCAGAGCGUUGAAGCGUUGCACCAGCUUGCUUCCUCCUACUUUGUAGACCGUGAUGGCACCAUGAGGAGACUCCACGAGAUCCAGAUCUCUACCGGAGCAAUCAAGGUAACAGAAACUCGGACUGGCCCCCUGGGCUGUAACAGCUACGACAAUCUGGACUCUGUGAGUUCUGUCCUUCUGCAAAGCACUGAGAGCAAACUCCACCUGCAAGGUCUCCAGAUCAUCUUCCCUCAGUAUUUACAGGAGAAGUUUGUCCAGUCUGCCUUGAGCUACAUCAUGUGCAAUGGCGAAGGGGAGUACAUCUGCCGGAACAGCCAGUGCGGCUGCCAGUGCGCGGAGGAGUUCCCGCAGUGCAACUGCCCCAUCACCGACAUCCAGAUCAUGGAGUACACGUUAGCAAACAUGGGCAAGACCUGGACAGAAGCCUAUAAAGAUCUGGAGAAUUCAGAUGAGUUUAAAUCCUUCAUGAAAAGGCUACCUAGCAACCACUUCCUGACCAUUGGGAGCAUCCACCAGCACUGGGGGAAUGACUGGGAUCUGCAGAACCGCUACAAGCUGCUGCAGAGCUCCCUGGAAGCCCAGCGCCAGAAGAUCCAGCGCACUGCCCGCAAACUCUUUGGCCUCAGUGUCCGGUGUCGGCACAAUCCUAACCACCAGCUGCCUAGAGAAAGGACAAUACAGGAAUGGCUUACGCGGGUCCAGUCUCUGCUCUACUGCAAUGAGAAUGGGUUCUGGGGGACCUUUCUGGAAAGCCAACGGAGCUGCGUUUGCCACGGUGGCACCAGCCUGUGCCAGCGCCCCAUCCCUUGCAUCAUCGGAGGCAACAACAGCUGUGCUAUGUGCAGCCUUGCCAACAUCUCUCUCUGUGGCUCAUGCAACAAGGGCUAUAAGCUUUACCGGGGUCGCUGCGAGCCUCAGAAUGUAGACUCGGAGCGGAGCGAGCAGUUCAUCAGCUUUGAGACAGACUUGGACUUCCAAGACCUAGAGCUGAAGUACCUGCUGCAGAAAAUGGACUCUCGCCUGUAUGUGCACACCACUUUCAUCAGCAACGAGAUCCGCCUGGACACCUUCUUCGACCCCAGGUGGCGCAAACGCAUGUCCCUCACCUUGAAGAGCAACAAGAACCGGAUGGACUUCAUCCACAUGGUGAUCGGGAUCUCCAUGCGAAUCUGCCAGAUGCGCAACAGCAGCCUGGACCCUAUGUUCUUUGUCUAUGUCAACCCCUUCAGCGGGAGUCACUCCGAGGGCUGGAACAUGCCCUUUGGGGAGUACGGCUACCCACGCUGGGAGAAAACCCGCCUCCAAAACAGCCAGUGCUACAACUGGACCCUGCUACUGGGCAACCGGUGGAAAACCUUUUUUGAGACUGUCCACAUCUACCUACGCAGCCGGACUCGGCUGCCCUCUCUACUGCGUAAUGAGACUGGCCAAGGGCCUGUGGACCUUUCUGACCCCACCAAGCGCCAGUUCUACAUCAAGAUCUCAGAUGUGCAGGUGUAUGGCUACAGCCUGCGUUUUAACGCCGACCUACUGCGCAGUGCUGUGCAGCAGGUCAACCAGUCCUACACGCAAGGCGGGCAGUUCUAUUCUUCCUCCUCUGUCAUGCUCUUGCUGCUGGAUAUUCGGGACCGAAUCAAUAGACUGGCACCUCCUGUGGCCCCGGGGAAGCCCCAGCUGGAUCUGUUCUCUUGUAUGCUCAAGCACCGCCUGAAACUCACCAACAGUGAGAUCAUCCGCGUGAACCAUGCUCUAGACCUGUACAACACCGAGAUCCUCAAACAGUCGGACCAGAUGACAGCCAAACUCUGCUAACCCGGACUUUUCCAUGGACAUGUUGGUGAUUGAUCCUUUUGCUGUAAAAAAAAAAAGUACAAUAAAAGAGAGAAAAAAGAAAUAAAAAGAGGAAAAAUUAAAAAGGAAGAAAAGUGGGGGGAAAGUAAUGGGGAAACCCGAGAUUUGUAAAAUGUAAUUAAUAUACAGAAGAGAAAAGAAAAGAGGAAAUUCUUCAUUUGUUGAAAAACUAAGCCCAUUCUAGCAGCUGUAUAAAACUGUCAGGCAUGUUUGUUAUUUCUAUAAUCCGUCAUAAAAGGGGAACACCUUACUCUCUCUUGACCUUGGGGGUGUUGCUUGCUACUCCUUAGGGGCAGCAGAGUAAAUAAAGGGAGGAGCAGAGGGAGGGGUAAUCUUCUGUAAUGAACUGUAAAGUUUUCUGCUAUGCAGGUGCCAAGACAAAGAGACAAAACCAAUCAAAGCAAAGAAUCAAACAAGAGUUAUAUGUAAAUGUAAAAGAGCUACCAUUAUUCCUAUAGUGGGAGUAAAUGGUGAAAGAUAAAAGAUAUUUCUUCUGUUGAGAUUUA